AUGGAUGCCUUGAGGGAGAUGCCUGGUUUUGCCAAGAUGAUGAAAGAUAUAAUGUCACAGAAGUCUGAUUUUCAGGAUCUAUCCACUGUAACUCUGACACAAACCUACAGCACAGUGGUGGCAAAACCGAUGGCUCAAAAGAUGUCGGACCCAGGUAGCUUCACUAUUCCAUGCACAAUUGGAAGUUAUGCCUUUGCAAAGGCGUUGUGUGAUUUGGGAUCUAGCAUAAAUCUGAUGCCACUGACUGUGGCUGACUGCAUAGUGAAGAGGCCCACUGAUAUUCUUGAUGAUGUGUUGGUGCAAGUGGGGAAGUUCGUGUUCCCUGCAGACUUUGUUAACCUGGAUUGUCAGGUGAAUGAGGAGAUACCCCUUAUUUUAGGGAGACCAUUUUUAGCCAUUGGGAGAGCACUGAUCGACUGUGAGACUGGGGAAUUAAAAAGGAGAUUGAACGAUGAAGAAGUCAUAUUCAAUGUACAACAAUCUAUAAGGAGACCUAGUGAAUAUGCUAAUUUCUCUCUAGUGGAGGCAGUGGAUGUAAUCCUGCAAGAAGAUGAUAUGACCCUAACUGUAAAAGAUCCAUUGGAGGCAUGUCUGACAAAUUUAGAAGAAAUGGAUGAUGAAGGGUUAGCUGAAUGGGUCAUGGCACUGGAAGGCCGAGGAUUUUGGUCAAGGGAGCCUCAGUUCGAGUCCCUUGAGCUAGAAAAAGGGCCACUUCUCCAGCAAACCCAUCAAUAG